GCGGUUGUUAGAGGACGCCGGUGAGAAGGCGCUCACGCUGCACAAGCACUGGCAGUGCCCUGACGGGCUCACGAUUCUGAUUUUGGUCGUCGUCAUUCCGACGGGUGUUUUGGGUUUUCCUGUGCACCAUCCUCUGUUCACGCUACUCGGACGCUUAGCGUGUCCACCGACUUACUACAGGUUACUUUGCAGAUAUUUUGUAUAUCCAAUUGCUCAGCUGAGUUAUGGAUUCACCGCCUAAUGUCCCGUAUCAGCCCUACCAACCGAAGUCGAAACGACAUUCCCGAGCAGUCUCAUCUAUUCAGCUGGUUCCUAAUGUCUCCCCGCCGCCCAUGUCCCGCCCAUCGAGCAUCACAUCUAUCGUCCCUUCUAUCCCAGCUCCUACACUCACUCGUCCACACGAAUAUUAUGAGUCUGAGAAGGUUCUGACAGUCUCCACAGAGUAUCCAAGUGUCAUUACAGUUGUAACAGACAAGACACGAGCACCCAGCGUCGAUAUCGUACAUUCGAGGGACCUUCCUUCCUCACCAACCACCAAUGGCUCACAGACUAGUACCGAAUCACCUUCCCCAGCAAGCAUCGAUAUUGCGCUGCCAGAUCCUGUCCAUGCCCCUGCGGCCGACGAGGAGCCAGUUCCACGUACAAACGGAAAAGACAAAGAAAUCGAAUUACCGAUUUCAUCUCCUGUACCCUCCAUAACAAACCUACCUGCUGCUUCUCCGAAACCAUCCAGGUUCAGGCGCCUCCGUCCGCCCGCUGCGAAAUCCCCGCUCGUUUCGCCUCUCCACCCACCCCUCACCCACUCACCCGCACCAUCAACAUCCAGCCGUCAACUCGAUGCAACGCAUUCACCCGUGAUGCACAGCCGUAUCACCUCAGUUACAUCAGUGAUAUCAGAUAAUGGUAAACUACCUCCGCCAGUCUUAUUUCGAAGAGAAAGCGCACCUUUCCCUCAAAACAUGAUCAGUCCACCCCCGCGCUCGUCUUCGAUGGCUGCACCCCUGCCACCACCGACACUCUAUUCACCUACACCCACACCAGCACCUCUACCGCCAGCUUCUACAUCAGCCCCGGUAUCAGCAACCGCCUCGGGUUCGGCCUCUCCUGCAGCGUCAACUCCGUCCCUCCCCUCCACCUCAUCUACACCUGCAUAUUCCUCUGCACACACACGCAUAUCAACCCCUGCGCGGUCCGCAGCGCCCUACCGUCCAGGCUUUCAGCCCAAGGGUCUGUAUCGGCCCCGUACUGAUGAAUUUGCUGAAUACCGGAAGAAACGUGCUGACGAGGGGCUGAUGGAACGGACAAAGCUGGAGCGCAGGCUCGAAAAGCUCAUCGCUUUGCAUUUCCCUGUGGAAAAUUCUGUUGAGAAGAGCGUGAAUGCGAGGAAAGAUGAGGUCAGCGUUAAUGGAAGAGGAAUGGAGAAGAGGAGGGCCUCGUCGUUCUUUAAUCUUGACCUUAAGAAUAUUGAUGCGGGUGAACUGUGGAAAGGGGUAUUGCAAAGCCAAAUGAUACAGGGCUCUAACGGUGAUACUCGAGCUGCAGAACAGCGGAUAACACCUUGGCAGGAUGAUGCCGCCGUAUCUAAAUGUCCUCUAUGCAUCGCAUCUUUUCACCCACUUACGAACCGUAAACACCAUUGUCGCCUCUGUGGUACCAUCAUCUGCAGUCUUCCUCCAAAGCUCCCGCAGCGUCAGAGCCCCUGUUCAGUGCUCUUCGUCGUCGAUGCCAAGACGCGGCGUAUCGAGGAGGUCGGGGAGGGCGUCGAUUACGGUGUACGUCGUGCGGGCGCCGGCGAGGAGGAGAAAUUUCUUCGCGGCGUCAGGAUAUGCCGUAGCUGCAGACCUGUGCUCACGCGGCAGCAAUAUUGGCAGGAGAUGGCGAGCGUGCCGCCGUUUGUAAGGUUCUAUGAUGCGUUUAUUAGUCUCGAGAAAGAGAUCGAGGAUGCAAUUCCGCAGUUUCAGGACCUUCUUCUUACACUCAGCAAUGACGACCAGCCAACUAAAGAAGCGUCUGCAGCACGGAAGCGCCUCCUAGAUGCCUUCGCUCAAUACGAUGCUUUCGCCAAACGGAUACGUGCCAUUCCUUGCAAUACAGGGUCUUCCCAGAACCACGUGCAGCUCGCAGUCCUCAGCAGGGCGAAUCUAUUUUUGCAGAAGCAUAUGUUCCCAUUGCAGUCCCUGCCCAAACCUAAGAAACGUGAUUCAACAUCGUCACCUGUGCCUUUCGAGACACCACUUGUGGACCCUGAUUCAGACCUCGCCCAUACACUACAACCGCUUCUAGAACAAGAGGCUCUGCUCGACUCCUUUGUCGGCGAGGCGAUGGCGCAUCGCAAGUUCGAAGACGCCAAGACGCUCAAGGCGAAUCUCGCCGAAAUCAGAGCCGAAAUCGAUCGUAUGCUAGGUGAUGGUGUGCGGUGAGACGGAGGCGCGCAUGGGGUGAUUAUAGCUGGUUGACGACUCGUUCAUGCACGCAAACAAAAUGAUAUCUCAUGAAUCUACCAUUACAUCCGCAUCCUCAUUGUAUCGUUCUGAUAGAUCUUCUUAUGCUUUGGGACCCUCUUAUUUUACAUACACAUCACC